AUGGCAGGCUCUUCACUGUGGCUGACGCCACCACCAACCCACCCUCUGCACGGGAUCAUCACCAAGCUCAUCGAUACGACCCUCCCAGCGCACUUCCCAGAUCAGUCCCCGCGCCCACCAACCUUCGCGCCACACCUGACCCUAACGUCCGGCAUCGACCCCAGCGUCUACGGUGAUCAGCCCCAGAAAUGGCUGGAUAGCAUUCCGUUUCCUGAGGCGUCCAAGUCAGUGGUGCGCUUCGAGAGUGUGAAGUCGCAGGACUUCUAUUUCCGGAGAUGCUACAUCAAGUGCGAUUUCGAUGGCGCGAAGGACGUCGCAGCCAUUGCUAGGGCGCGCGGUGUCGAGGGGGAGGAUGACGUCGGCCCAAAAACGAAAUCGUGGCUUUCGGAUUGGAGGGAGGCCUUUGGACCUCAUUUGACGAUGCGCGGCAGUGGCGAUGUGACCAUCGAUGAAGCGAAGCUGAAAGAAAUCGAAGACGCAGUAAAGCAGUCUGGCGUGGAUCUGGGGCAUGAGUCUCAUGACAUGGGUGGCUGGGAAGGCGGCGUCGUUUGGCUCGUGUCCACAGAGAGAGGGAUUGAGCAUUGGAAGCCUAUCGCGACCAGGACAUUGUGA